AGUUUUGCAGACAAUUGAACACUCGUCACCAGACCCUCUUCUCAACUACUGAAAUGUAUCACUUUAAGAUCGAAACGAAUACCACCACAAGUUUGAAAGGUCCCCGAUAUCGGAGUGCAUCCGUCAUGGACAGUGGCCAACCAUGGUUUCCAAAGAUUCACACAAAAGAAGUUCGGCGUCGACUGAGUUCUUUGAAUAUUGCAACCCCAUCAUCUUCCCCCUGCAAUAUGAACUGGCAAAGCCUAGAACCGAAGCAUAUCAUCAAUGAUAAUGUUUAUGGAACCGUCAAAGUGCCGAGACCAAUCGACAAAUUAAUUGAUACUGUGGAAUUUCAACGGCUGCGUCAUCUGAAACAGACUGGACUCGUCUAUCUUGUGUAUCCAAAUUGUGAGCACUCGAGAUUUGUGCAUUCGCUGGGAACCUUCUCACUCGCCUACGCGCUUGUCGAUAAGCUCAGACAUAGUCAACCAUCACUAAAUAUCACAGAAUCUGAUCUUAUCUGCACAUCAGUUGCUGCUCUACUUCAUGAUGUUGGACAUGGACCAUUCUCUCAUCUGUUUGAUGGAGAAUUCGCAAAACGCAAUGGAAGCAGAUUCAAGCAUGAGGAUAUGUCUAUUUUAAUCAUCAAGAAAAUCAUGAAUAAACCAGAAAUAAAAUCUGAAUUUGCUUGCAUUCUUGGUGAAACUGACGAAGAGUAUGCAAAAAGUGUUACGCUUAUCACAGAACUUAUCAGCGGAAAACCAUUUGAUUUCCAAGAUAUGGACGGAUUUAAAGAUUUGCCUGCUGACGUGCGUGAGGAAACAGUCAAAAAUGAAUGGGCUAUCAUUGGCUGUGGACCAGAAAAAUCAUUUCUAUUCGACGUUGUCUCCAAUUCUUAUAACGGACAUGAUGUCGACAAAAUGGAUUAUUUGCUCAGAGAUUCAAAAGCAUCGGGAGUUGGUAUUACAUUCAGUGAAUCAACACUCGAACGUUUAUUCAAUCAUGUCCGUGUAGUAAUUGAUCCGAAUAGUGGAUUGAAGAGAAUCGCCUACUCUAUCAAAUGCAUCGGAGACUUGAAAGCAAUCGGCGAUUCACGACAAGAACUUCAUUCGAAAGUUUAUCAACAUAAAGCCGUUAGAUUCAUGGAAACACUAAUGGUGGAUGCUCUGAUCAAUGCAGGUGACUUCCUGAAGUAUAAGGGAUCAAAUGGAGAACUAUACUCACUGAAGAAUGUCACAGAAGACGUUGAUGCUUUCUUGAAAACUACGGAUUAUGUAGAGCAGGAGAUUCUCAACUCCCAGAUCACGGAUCCAAAAAUGAUUGAAGCUCAGACAGCUCUAUUGAAAAUCCAGCGACGAGAAAUCGGUUGCAAGCUUGGUUAUUUUGAAAUGAAUCCAGAAAAUGCGACGCAGUUGAAGGGGAAUUGCAACAAUCAGACUGGAGCUGCAGAAGUUGUCAAAAAAGUUGGACAAAAGAUGAAAGAAAUUUUGGAGCAAAUGGAUGAUACUGAAGAAAUGGAUGGAAAACUGAAGGAUAUUCAGUUCACUGUAAUGCAUUCCGUCCUUGGUAGAGGUUUGGACGAUAAAACUCAUCCAAUCGAACGUCAGAUUUUCUACGAUGGAAAACCGAGUGAGCAUGAAGGGAAACAAGUUGUCGGAUUCUAUCCAUCUGAAGAUUAUGUUAUCAACAAUUGCCCUCGCAUGGCCACAAAAUGGGAAAUCUUCGUGAUGGGAGAUCGUAGUUUGAGGAAAGAGCCACUGUUAGCGGAUCGCGUGAAGCGUGCACUUCAACUUGCUGGGGAGUCUGAAAAGUUUUUGACCCCACGAAAAAGAUCUCCGCAAGAUUCUCCUGAUGAAGUUUCAUCGAGCUGCUCCACUGCCAAACGUCGUCUCGAAUUUGGUAGCUCAUAAUAAUCAUAUUUUAAAUGUACUUUACAUAUACACAUCAAAUUAUACAUUUUACUGCCUCCUCCUGCUCAACAUUCACCCAAUGAUUUUUCUGUAUUGGUACCACAUCUUAGCUUCUUACAAAGAAGAAACGGUUAGAAGUUUUCGCAUUUUCUGUAUGCAAUUUUGCCUUUCUAUUUGCUGUUUUUUUUUAAUAAAGAAAGGAAUGGAAACAGUGA